AUGAAGUCUCAAAAUUGUGAAAGUGGAAUAGGAGGCAAGCCAUCAUGAAGAUACUCGUGUCCUCUCUACUCUUCCUUGUGGUUUCUACCACGGCCCUCUCGAUACAACCAAAUCGAGUGGAUCUAAGAAGAAAUUCACCAAUAAAUACAAUAAACAAAAUUGAAGCAAGUCUAGGAAUAAGAGCACAAGGAAAAGGAGCAGUGAAUUCAGGACAGAGUACAGCAGCGCAUGGAGGAUCAAGUGCAGUCGUUAACAUAGGAAUAAAUGCAGGAGGAAAAGGAGAAGUGAAUUCAGGAAAGAAUACAGAAGCGCAAGCAGGAUCUAAUGUAAACGCAAAAAUAGGAGUAGCUACAGCAGUAGGGGCAGGAGUGAAUUCAGGAAAGAAUACAGGAGCGCAUGGAGGAUCAAAUGCAAACGCUAAAAUAGGAGUAGUUACAGCAGUAGAAGCAGGAGUGAAUUCAGGAAAGAAUACAGGAGGGCAUGGAGGAUCAAAUGUAAACGCUAAAAUAGGAAUAGGUGCAGCAGGAGGAGUAAACGCGAGAGGAGAAUCAAAAGCUGGUCUAGGAAUACAUGCGGGAGUACAUGGAGGAUCACAUGCAAGAGCUGAUUUAGGAAUAAAGGGAGGAAUAAAUGUAGCAGGACAUGGACGAUCAGGUUCAAACACUGGUGCAAAUGUAAAUGCGGGAAUAAAUGUUAGAACGAAAGAAGAAUCAAGUGCAAAAGCUAGUAUAGGAAUAAAUGCAGGAGUAAAUGUGGGAGCGCAUGGAAGAUCAAAUGCAGGAGCUAACAUAGGAAUAAACACAAGAGUACAUGCGAAAGAUAAUAGAGGAUCAGGAGCAGGAGCGAAUCUAGGAAUAAGUGCAGGUCUACAUACAAGAUGGAAUCUUCCCUCCCAAGAACAUAACCAACACGAGAAUCAUCAUGAAUCUCAUAUACCUUACAUUCCCAGAUUCCCUAAUCUGCCCAAAAUACCACAUAUACCAUUGCCACAUAUACCAUUGCCACAUAUACCAUUACCACAUAUACCAUUUCCACCUUUCCACUUUUGGUCCACUAGCACUACUUCUACUACUACUGAAAAACCAUGUGAAUCUGAGUCUACUAGCCCUUCUACUUCUAAACAUCCAAUUGAAACAUCGAGUAGCUCUGCAUCGCCUAGUUCUUCCAGUUCCGAACAACCAAGCGAAGCACCAAGCAGCACUGCCUCACCAAAUUCUUCCAGUUCUGAACAACCCAGUGAAGCACCCAGCAGCUCUGCCUCGCCUAGUUCUUCCAGUUCUGAACAACCAAGCGAAGCACCCAGCAGCUCUGCCUCGCCUAGUUCUUCCAGUUCUGAACAACCUAGUGUAGGACCUAGUAGUUCGGCCUCACCAAGUUCUGACUCUACUCCUUGUGAUGAGUCAAGCGAAGGACCAAGCAGUUCUGUCUCCCCUAGUUCUUCCAGUUCUCCCCAAUCAAGCGGAGCACCAAGUAGUUCUGCCUCACCUAGUACUGAUUCCACCCCUUGGACCCCAUCGACUAGUGUACCUUACCACUUUACGAAUCCUGCCGGUCGACAUUGCAUUUGCUAUUGAUUUUUAAAAUUAUGUGAAAUUUUUUAAUCCGGUUCAAUAUUAUUUCAAAAUGACACUAAUUGUUUGUGUCUGUCCAAAAUAUAAUUAAUUAUUAAAAAUAUUAUUAAUUAUCAAGUGACUUAAUUUAUGAUAUGUUCUCUCCGUAAAUUAAACCCAACUAUUAUUUUAUCAAAAUAAAAUAUUGGAGCAAAUGAAUCAAUAUAUCCAAAAAUUCA